AUGUGUGGACAAGUGGUAGAUCUGGUGCUUGAUCGACUCCAAAAUAAACGGAAUCUUGGAAAUGUGGAUACAUUCAAUCGACUUUUGGAUCACAUGGUUACCGUUCUGGUCCUUGACAAGAAUCAGAAUGUUGCCCUUCAACUCGUCCAUGAUUUGCAGCUGUUCCUCAACAGGAAGCGUUUCCAAACCUUUCUGGACAACUCUGCAUCCAUACAUUUGCAAAGACAGGUCAUUAAAACUUCCUCUCAUCGACUCGAACAUGACUUUUCUCUGCACAUCGUUGCCGUGCUCGAAAUACUUUUGGAUCACAUAGUUUCCAAACACGUCUGUCAUCAGGUCGAUGGCAUGAUUACGGAUCUCGUUAAAAAUGACCUCCUUGUCUCUCUCAUUGGCAAGAGCGAGCUGCUGCUGAAUAAACCGAGAACCGUGUUGGUCCUUGGAGAACUCGAAACCAUGGCCAUGGAUAUCUUUCAAAGUGUACUCUUUGUUCUUGUUGCUUCUGAACUCCUCGAGCAAAGGAGAUCUCACAAUGUGCUUCUUUGGCUUCAUUGGUUUUGGAGAAUUGGUUUUCUUCAAUGGCUUACCAGGAGACUGCAGUUUUGGAGACCCUAA